CACAUUCUUCACACAGAAGUAGAGGCACCACCCCACCUCCUGGGGCUGGGGGCCACCCAUUUCUUGUCCAAACCACUGAAAAAGCUAAGAUUUAGUAGUAUAUAUAGACGCAUUUCCAAGAUCCCAAUCUCCCCAUCUGUUUAAUCUUCACACACAUAUCCCACAAGAUCCAACGUCACUCUCUCAAUCUCUCUCUCUCUGAUGGGUUUCCCAGCAAAUGGCGCGUCGGCUACCGACAAGCCGCUCAAGUUCCUGAUCUACGGCCGCACCGGCUGGAUAGGCGGCGUGCUUGGGCGGCUCUGCCAGGCCCAGAGCAUAGACUUCACUUACGGCUCCGGCCGUCUCGAGAACCGCGCGUCGCUCGUCGCCGACUUGACGGCCGUGAAACCCACCCACGUCUUCAACGCCGCCGGAGUCACCGGCCGACCCAACGUGGACUGGUGCGAGUCCCACAAGGUCGAGACCAUCCGGACCAACGUCGUCGGAACUCUGACCUUGGCCGACGUGUGCAGAGAGAAAGGCCUGGUGUUGAUCAACUACGCCACUGGGUGUAUCUUCGAGUACGAUUCGGGUCACCCACUCGGGUCGGGAAUCGGGUUCAAGGAGGAGGACACGCCCAACUUCAUCGGAUCUUUCUAUUCCAAGACCAAGGCAAUGGUGGAAGAUCUUCUCAAGAACUAUGAAAACGUCUGUACCUUGCGUGUUAGAAUGCCCAUCUCAGCCGAUUUAUCCAACCCACGCAACUUCAUCACAAAGAUCACUCGAUAUGAGAAGGUGGUUGACAUUCCAAACUCAAUGACGAUAUUGGAUGAACUCCUGCCAAUCUCCAUUGAGAUGGCAAAGAGAAACCUCACUGGAAUCUGGAACUUCACAAACCCUGGCGUGGUCAGCCACAAUGAGAUAUUAGAGAUGUAUAGGGAAUACAUUGACCCCAACUUCACAUGGAAGAACUUUACUCUUGAGGAGCAGGCAAAGGUGAUCAUUGCCCCAAGAAGCAACAAUGAGCUUGAUGCAAACAAAUUGAAGCAGGAAUUUCCUGAGCUCUUACCCAUCAAGGAGUCCCUCAUUAAGUAUGUAUUCAAACCGAAUCAAAAAACUGCUGGGGCUUGAAAGUUUUAGGUUCGAGUUUCUCAGUUUCUCAGUUUCCCUAUUGUUAUUUGUUCCAUCUGUUCGUUUGGGUUGAUGCGAUCUAUCCACCAUAUGGGUUUCCCCUCUUCCCCAUGUGACAUGCAUGAUUGCUCUAUUUGAAUUUGAAUUUUGUAUUUGUAUUUUGAUGAUGAAUAAACUAGAUGGAAGUGAUUUUUCAAGGUAGACAUUUCUGUAAGUUGUUUAUGAAAUAUAAGUUAUUGAUGAAAGGGACGAAGCACGAAAUAUUGGUCCACCUAAUUUUAUUGAGGUCAUAUUAAUCAAUGGAGUCAUUAGUAUUUUA